AUGUAUGCAUUGCCUACUAGUGCUGACCGUGCCUGUUACCUGUGCGUACCGCCUGACCCAGGUAUAGAGCCUGCUGCUCUAGGUGCUGCUCUAGGUGCUACUGCGUCUCCUGCUCUAGGCGCUGGUGAGGCUGCUGCUCCAGGUGCUGGUGAGUCUGCUCUCUCUGGUACUGCGCCUGCUGAGGCCUUGUACACCUUCACGCUUGACUCCGGUGCUUCUCGCUCCUUCUUUCGCGACAGAACCACCCUCACGCCGCUCAGUCGGCCGGUUCCAGUCUCCUUGGCAGACCCCUCUGGGGGUCCAGUCCGUGCGACCUCCUCCACUGUCCUCCCUUGUCCUGCUGUCCCGUCUGGCACACUGUCGGGUCUUUACCUCCCCUCGUUCUCUACGAACUUGGUGGCGGGUUCUGCGCUCCAGGACGUGGGUUUUCACCAGUUCACCCCUGCCUACGAGCGUGUGACACACUGCACGUGUGCUCAGACGGGUCGUCACCUGGCUACCUUCACUCCGCAGCCGGGGUCGGGCCUGUACACACUGACCACUGAGUCCCCUCAGGUAGCUAUGUCUGCGUCUACGGUUCUCCCUCCCCUCCCACCGUUGCCUGCUCCUCCCUGUCUUCUCUGUGUCGAGGAGCGGCAGCGCGCCGCUCCUCACUCCUCCUCGUUCCCUCCCACAGAGGCUCCCAUGCAAACUCUCCACAUGGACGUGUGGAUCCGCACUACUCGUCUCCAGCUCCGCGAGCGGUUCGGGAUUGAGUUUCCUGUCCUACGUCUGCACUCUGAAAGAGGUGGGGAGUUUUCCUCCGACCUCUUGGCAACCUACUGUGCGGAGCACGGCAUCCGCCAGACGUUCACGCUUCCGGCCUCUCCGCAGCAGAAUGGGGUUGCUGAGCGCCGCAUUGGCUUAGUCAUGGAGGUCGCUCAUACCUCCAUGAUCCAUGCGGCUGCCCCCCAUUUUCUGUGGCCAUUUGCGGUCCGGUACGCCGCGCAUCAGCUCAACCUCUGGCCCCGUGUCUCCUUGCCAGAGACCUCGCCCACACUGCUGUGGACGGGGAAGGUUGGCGAUGCGUCGCGUUUCCGGGUCUGGGGUGCUCGUGCCUUUGUCUGCGAUACCACAGCGGACAAGCUCUCCGCCCGCGCUGUUCCCUGUGUCUUCCUUGGCUUUGUCCCUGACGCACCUGGUUGGCAGUUUUACCACCCCAUCUCGCGCCGUGUCUUCCCCUCUCAGGAUGUCACGUUCGACGAGCCGGUUCCCUUUUACCGUCUCUUCCCAUACCGCACUGCCCCUCUCCCCCCCCCGCCGCUCUUCCUCACGCCAGGUGCUCCCCAGGUAGACCCCCUCCCCGCUCCCGGUCCUGCUCCUUUAGGUGUGUCUCAGGUAGAGCCUCCUCCCUUGACUGCGCCGGUUGAGGUCACUGGUGACUCAGGUCCUGCUGAGGGUGGUCCUGCUCGAGGUACUGCUUCUGGGGGUGCUGAGCCUGGGGGUGCGGAGCCUGGGGGUGCUGAGCCUGGGGGUGCGGAGCCUGGAGGUGCGGAGCCUGGGGGUGCGGAGACUGGAGGUGCUGAGCCUGGACGUGAGGAGUCUGGGGGUGCUGAGCCUGGGGGUACUGAGUCUGGGGGUGCUGCACCUGGGGGCGCUGAGGCGUCUGGUGAGCAGUCUCCCUGGGGCGGCCGUCUCCGCAGUCGCUCUGCUGGUACCUCACCGCUGCACUCUCCUCGUCGACUCCCUCUCUCCCCACAGCAGCUGCGUGAGUGGUACGUUGGCCGUCAGGGUCGGGCUGCUGGAGCUAGGGGCCCUGCUGCGGGAGGCACUAGUGCUGGUGUCUCUGCUACUGGAGUUGUUUCUGCUGGAGGUUCUGGAGCUGCUGCGGGUGUUGGAGCUGGAGGUUCUGGAGCUGCUGAGGGUGCUGGCGCUGGAGGUUCUGGAGCUGCUGCGGGUGCUGGCGCUGGAGAUUCUGGAACUGCUGCGGGUGCUGGCGCUGAGGGUUCUGAGUCUGCUGUUGCGCGGUCUCCUUGGAGUAGCUGCCUUCGUCCGCCUGGGAGUGGUGCUGGUCCCGUCGGUGCUAGUACUGGAGGUACUUUAGCUGCUGGGGCUGGAGGUGCUGAGCUUGAGGGUGCUCCUGCUGGAGACCUUGGGUCUGGGGGUGCUGCUACUGGAGACACUGAGUCUGGAGACCCUGGGACUGGAGGUGCCGGUUCUGGGGGUGCUGCUGCUGGUGGAGCUGGUCCUGGAGGAGCUGGCGGUGAGGGUUCUGGAGCUGCUGGGGGUACUGGAGCUGCUGGUGCUGGUGGCGCUGCACAGCCACGCCUGUUCUUCGCUCCACCGUCUUCGUCGUCUCAGCCACCGUCUGACUCUGUGCUUCCCCAGCCGGCUGUCCCCGGCACCCACCUCAUAGUCUGUCGUCCUUCCUCUCCUCCGCAGCGUGUGCCCCUGCCGUCCCCUCCUGCGUCUUCUCUGCCUACCGUUCCCGAGCCUGAGUCUGACCGCACCCGUGCUGCUCACUCUACUGUCACACGUCUGCUAGCCACAGUUGUCACUUACCCGUCGUUUGAGUCUGCUGCUGCGUCUGCCUUAGUCCCUGAGCUUGUUGAAUUUGCUGCUGCCCGUCGUCUAGGCUACGCCGCUAGUCUUGUUGCUGAGUCUGCGUCUGUCGUCUGUCUGUCCUCCGUCCGUCGGGGGUGA